UCUCUCCGUUUCUUCGACCCUAUUGCGAACAUCAACAUCCCUGCAGUACCAUUUAGCCUUCUGGACUCUGUCUGCCAGCUACAGUAAACUCUGCCUAAUACCCAGAGCGUGCCGUUCUAUGUCGUUUGCAAACUACGGCGAAGGGGUUGGAGAGCCAUGGGCUACACCAGAACCCUCGGCUGCUCCAGAACCGAGCGUUGAAUCUGCUCUCGAAAAGGAGAAGAUUCUCAAAGAUAUUUUGACUUUGAGGGACGGUCUGAGAGGGCUUAUGGUCAGGGUGUCGGAGGUGGAAGGAGAGAAUGACAAGUUGGCCCGGGAGAACGAGACCCUCAGUCUAUACGUGGAGAACCUCACUCGGAACUCUGUCGUCGCCGCGGGCAACCAAAAGUGAUUACUGCUUCCACCCAGAUCAUACCUGGCUUCGAUGAGCUGGGCUCUCAUCCGUGGAGGGCGCAAGAUCCACGCAGCCAUGCACGUGCUUGCGUACAUGUAAUACAUAUAGGGCCAUGCUCAGCGCUCCCCAGCUAGUUCCAAGGGACAUGCAAAGUGUAGAUGAUCAUGCAUGCUGUGUGAU